AUGGCCUUUUCAUUUGGCGCGCCAGCGCAACAACAGGCGCAGCCUACAACAUCACUCUUUGGCAACACGGCCGCCGCCUCGACUAGCCAGCCCAGUGCGUUUGGCUCGUUUGGCCAGCAGCCAGCAGCUCAGCCUGCACAGGCCGCUGGCACGUCGCUCUUUGGCUCGACGGCUGCCAAGCCUGCUGGCGGCCUGUUUGGCUCUGCUGCACCCGCCGCGCCUGCAGCUGGCGGAGGCCUGUUCGGAUCCACGCCCGCUGCUAGCGCAUCGACCGGUGGCCUCUUUGGCCAACAGCAACAGCCUGCUGCCACUGGCGGUCUCUUUGGUUCGACCAGUGCUGCCCAGCCCGCCGCUGGAGGUGGUCUGUUUGGCGCUCCCAAGCCGGCAACCACGGGUCUCUUUGGCUCGACCUCUGCCGCGCCCCAGCCUGCCACUGGUGGUCUCUUCGGAUCGACCUCGGCCGCCCCGCAGCCCGCUGCUGGAGGUCUCUUUGGCUCGACUGGAGCCGCUCCUGCCGCUGGUUCGAGCAUCUUUGGCGCCAAGCCCGCUGCUCCUGCUGGUGGACUCUUUGGCUCGACGUCCCAGCCUGCUCAGCCCGCCGGUGGCCUCUUUGGAUCCACUGCUCAACCAGCUCAGCCCGCUGGUGGUCUUUUUGGCUCCACCGCCCAGCCCGCUCAGCAACCUGUCGGCGGUCUGUUUGGCAGCACGGCCCAGCCGGCCCAGAGCUCCGUGUUCGCGUCCACCUCCAACCCCCUGGCCGGCUCGACUGUCAAGCAGCAGGAACCCGAUAUCGAGAGCCGCAUAAUGUCGAUCCAGCGCGCAUGGGACGUCAACUCGCCCGAGUGCCAGUUCAAGUACUACUUCUACAACGUUGUCGAGCCCGGUACGGCCCACCACUACGGACGGCCAGCCAAUGCCACAGAUGAUGCCAAGUGGGCGAGGGCAGUGAGGGACAACCCCGACCCCGAUUCACUGGUGCCCGUGCUCGCGACAGGAUGGGCAGAUGUCAAGAAACGCGUGCAGGCGCAGGAGCAGACUGCGAGCGUGCACCAGCAGCGCGUCAAGGAGCUGAACGAGGCCCUGGCCAACUUGAGCCGCCAGACGGCCCUUUCCUCGUCUGUGCGACUGGCAGCGCUCCAGACACACCUCGCCCAGCUCACCCAGCGGCUCAUGCACCUCGCUGCGCUGUCUCCGUCGUUUACGGGCAUGCAGAACUCGGCCUUCCGUCCCGAAGAAGGCGAGAUGAAGCACACCCUCGAGGGCGUCAAGGACUCGCUCGACGGCCGCGUCCGCGCCGCGCCCAAGGGCAGUGUGGGCCUCACGUCGCGCCCGCACGCGACCAACAAGGGCCGCAUGCUCGGCCAGAUCAACGAGCUGUGGGGCGCCGUCGAGGAGGUGCGCCGCCAGCGCCGCGCCCGUGGCGGCGACCAGGCCCAGUGGGCCGGCGACGAAAAGCUCCUCACGGAGAUUGCGACCGUGCUCGAGCAGCAGCAGGCGGCCAUCACCAAGCUGAGCGAGCUGGCGAACAAUGCGGUCUUUGACGCAGACGUCAUGCGCCAGGGCCUGGGUAUUGUGGAGAGCAGGAAGUAG